AUGCGUCUUUCUUUGCUACCGUCCGAGCUUCUCGGACUCCUUGUUGUGUCGUCCUCUUUCACAGCCCGGCAUGCUUACGCCAGCCCAACUGUAAACGUCGCUCUUCAGGCUUCUUUCAACGCUCCUCCUUACAUAUUAGAGCUACUGGAAACAGCCGCCGAAGAAAAUUCGACUGCCUAUUUCCCCAUCCUCGAUCGGAUUGCUGAAGGACGCUUUGCGGACUAUAAUUCGGACCAAGAGCUGUAUAGCACAUUUUUACAGGUCCUGCAGGACGAUGGACAUAUCACGAAUGCGGAGGCAUUGUCUUCCUUUCAAUUUGCCCUAUCCAUACACUCCGCUGCUCCCCGGAUAGAAGCCCAUUACCAUUAUUACGAUACAUCCGUGGAGCCUUCUUUGAUGAUAGCGCAAGAUGCAGCAUGUCCAGUCUGGGUGCAUUUCGACGGGAAGCAAUACUGCUCGCCGGCUUUGGACCGGGCCCAGCAGGACGUUGGAGCAUUGAAAAAUCCAGAGAGUUUGCCAUUCGAUCGCGUCCUCGGUGUAAGCUCUAAACCGGUCCAAGCUCCCUCAAUACUCUACGCCGAUAUCACAUCGCCACUUUUCGGUCAGUUCCAUCAAACGAUAAGUAGCACCGCUCGCAAUGGCCAAACGUCUUAUCGAAUCCGGUAUAGGCCUUCUCAGUCUCACUCAGCAAAGCCAUUGGCGGUGAAUGGAUAUGGGAUAGAGCUUGCUCUGAAGAGGACGGACUAUAUCGUCAUUGAUGACAGAAGCGCUGGAUCAGAAGAGGCGGAGGAUCAAGGUCUCUCGGCAGGAAACGAAGCAGCUGCGGAAGAGUUCCUGCUAGAGAGCGAAGAAGUAGCAGAUCUCAAGCCUCUGUCGUCUAAAGAGCUGUUAGGUCUUGGCCUCAAAACUGCAAGCUUCAUUAUGGCCAGCGAUGAUCCCUUUGACACUCUGGUCAAGGUCUCUCAAGACUUUCCCAAGCAUUCUUCAGCAAUAACCAAACGUAAUGCAUCUACAGAAUUUGUGAAAGAACACAGCAUUAAUCGUAAUGUCUUACUACCAGCAGGCUACAAUGUCAUUUGGAUGAACGGGAUGCAAGUUCAAGCUCGCCAGAUGGACGCCUUUGGACUGCUCGAACAGUUGCGACGCGAACGCUCCAUUGUGGAUAGCCUGCGUGGGAUUGGAUUCAGUGGAUUAGAAGCAGUCCAGAUUCUAACGCACGAGGCCAUUGCGAGUUCUAAAAAAGAAGGCGAUACACAGCGUUAUGACUACCGUGAUGACCUCGAGGGCGGUAACAUUAUCGUCUGGCUUAACGACAUCGAGAAAGACAAGCGAUAUAGCGGCUGGCCCACCCAUACUUCCGCACUGCUGCAGCGAACGUACCCCGGCCAAUUGCCUCAAGUCCGGCGCGAUAUACACAACGUCAUCAUACCCCUUGAUCUAACUGAUAUGAAAGACGUCGAGCUGCUCGUAGAAUCUCUGCAGACUUUCGUCAAGCGCAAGAUACCAAUUCGGUUUGGCAUUGUGCCUAUGACAACCUCAGCGGCUGCUAUAGAUCAGGCAAAAAUUGCGUACCAUCUUUUGGAUACCUACGGACUUAGUGCUGUCUUCGCGUACUUGGAAGCAUCAGUAAAUGGCAAGAGGGUUUCGCUUGCCCAAAAGGCUAUUUUUGAUUCCACCAUCAAGGACCGAAGCCUGCGCAGAGAUCAAAGUGUAACUGAGUUCCAGACUAUUCUUGACGGUACGGAGUCCCAAUCUCGAGUUCAGAGUACAAAGGAGUACCUCAAACGACUUGGAGCGGAUGGGACUCCUGCGCCACUCUUUGCUAACGGAGUGGCGAUGCCUCGAAAUGAGGCCUGGCUACAGACCAUGAGCCAGAGUAUCGACAUGGACCUUCGAACUAUUCAGCGCCAAAUCUAUGAAGAGGUGAUUCCCGAGGACACCUGGUUGGCCGGUCAAUACUUAGAAAAGGCUAUCACGCAUCGAAACGCUCUGAUCAUUCCUGAAGACGAAAACAGUAUCGUCAUCAUUGAUAUAGCAAAGCUCAUAUCCAAGCACGGCGAAACAGUUGGAAAAUUGCCACGUCUAAUGGGGCGGGUCGAUGGACAUCCAUCGGAGCACGGAACUGCACAAUUGCUCGUGGUUGCUGAUCUCGACUCCGAGAAUGGUUCGGAUCUGUUGAUGUCGGCCGUUUCAUUCUGCCAAGAACACGAAGAUAUUGAGUUGUUGUUUGUUCACAACGGCGCUAACUCAGACUUCUUCCCUCACUCAAUUAUGUUCUGGGAGCAGAUGAAAGACGGCCAUCGAAAUUUUGAUAUUCAUUGGCUGGAAUCUACUCUGAAUAUAAAAACAGUCCUUGGUCAGACUAAAGAGCAAGACAAUUCAUUGAACAGCAGGCUGGACAAGUUUUGGAACGCGGAGUAUUCUCGAGAAGCUAUUGACCAAGCCAAUGAUUUCUGGCAGUCCUUCAGUCCGGUUAUUCAGACUCUUGGCUUCCAGCCCGGACAGCAAGCUUUAAUGGUUAAUGGUAGGGUAGUUGGACCGAUACCCAAGGACACCAAUUUUACAGCGAGCGACUUUGGGCAAUUAUUCCAAUUCGAGCGUUCCAAACGCAUUGACCCAGCAAAUGCAGCCCUUACAGCCCUCUUUCCCGGGAAGCAAAUAGAACACGCACUGGAUGCUGCUAUACUGUCUUCAACUAUCGCCCUCUCCACAAUCUCCGAUGUACCUGAAGGCAUCUUCGAGUCAGCCCCCACGCUGCGCAUGAACAAAUUCGAUUUGUUCGCCGGAAACCAUACCAUGAUCCAGACGGGUGAUGUAGAGACCUCAUCGAUUCACCUCGUCGCGUCCAUAGACCCAACAAGCGAGAUAGCACAGCGCUGGAUACCUAUUUUGAAGGUGUUGUCGGAGCUGAAUGGUGUCCACCUCAAGCUAUAUCUCAAUCCGAAGGAGAAAAUGAAGGAGCUACCUGUGAAGAGGUUCUACCGCCAUGUCCUUGACGCAAAACCGACUUUCACCGAGGACGGAGACCUGCGCGACCUCAAAGCAACCUUUAGUGGCCUGCCCAAAGACGCUUUGCUGAACCUGGCGCUCGAUGUCCCACCCGCUUGGCUCGUUGCUCCCAAAGAGUCUGUCCACGAUCUUGACAACAUCAAACUCAGCGCGCUCAAAGAAGGUGUAGAUGUUGAUGCAAUUUAUGAACUAGAGCAUAUUCUUAUCGAGGGUCACUCAAGGGAUGUCACCGUUGGGCCUCCUCCCCGAGGGGUUCAGCUCUACCUCGGAACAGAAAAGGAUCCUCACUUCGCGGACACAAUCAUCAUGGCCAAUCUUGGCUACUUCCAAUUCAAAGCCAACCCAGGAUACUGGAAGAUCCAGCUCCAACCGGGCCGAAGUGAACAGAUCUUCCACAUCGACAGCGCCGGACAGCAAGGCUACAAUCCACAGCCCGGCGACGAAAGUACCGACAUCACCUUGAUGAGCUUCCAAGGCAAAACCCUCUACCCCCGUCUCUCCCGCAAACCUGGCCAAGAAGCGGAAGACGUCCUCGAAGAAUCCGUCAAACCGGGCACACCGAUGGAAUACCUCUCCAAAGCCUCCAAAUUCGCCUCUUCUCUCCUCAACAGCGUUGGCCUCGCCCGGUCCGCUCCCAAGCACGCAGACAUUAAUAUCUUCUCCGUAGCCAGCGGCCAUCUCUACGAGCGCAUGCUUAACAUAAUGAUGGUCAGCGUUAUGAGGCACACGCAACACACCGUCAAAUUCUGGUUCAUCGAACAAUUCCUCUCCCCCUCCUUCAAAGCCUCCCUCCCCACCCUCGCCGCUCACUACAACUUCCAAUAUUCACUAAUCACCUACAAAUGGCCACACUGGCUGCGCGCCCAAUCGGAGAAACAGCGCGAGAUCUGGGGCUACAAGAUCCUCUUCCUCGACGUCCUCUUCCCAACAUCCCUCGACAAAGUCAUCUUCGUCGACGCGGACCAGAUCGUGAGGACGGACAUGUACGACCUCGUGACGCACGACCUGGAAGGGGCAGCCUACGGCUUCACCCCCAUGUGCGACUCGCGCACGUCGAUGGAAGGGUUCCGCUUCUGGAAGACGGGCUACUGGGCCAACUUCCUCCGCGGCCGCCCCUACCACAUCUCCGCCCUCUACGUCGUCGACCUGGUCAAGUUCCGCGAAAUGGCCGCCGGCGACCGCCUGCGGCAGCAGUACCACCAGCUCUCCGCCGACCCGGCCAGCCUGAGCAACCUGGACCAGGACCUGCCGAACCACAUGCAGCACGUGCUCCCGAUCCACAGCCUGCCCCAGCACUGGCUCUGGUGCGAGACGUGGUGCAGCGACGAGAGCCUGACGGAGGCGCGCACCAUCGACCUGUGCAACAACCCGGAGACGAAGGAGCCCAAGUUGAGCCGGGCGAGGCGGCAGGUGCCGGAGUGGACGGGCAUCGACGAGGAGGUCGCGAGGGUGUUUGCAGAUGCCGGGGGCCGGGGGGCGAAGGUGGUGGCCGAGGGGGGAGGGGAGAGCGUGCAGGAGGUGCUGCAGGAGGAGGAUGAGGAGCGGAAGAGGAAGGAGCGGGAUGAGCUGUAA